CCUUCUUCUCCUGCAUGCCCUUCACGGCGUCCCUAUCGCGUUCUACAAUCCAGCAAGUGGUGGGAGGCAAAACCCAAAUAGCCUCAGUCGUGUCAUGUUUCCUACUUCUUUUUGUUUUGUUGUGGAUUGGUCCGUUCUUCGAACCCCUUCCAAAGAGUGUCCUUGCCAGCGUCAUCGUAGUAGCUUUAAAAAGCAUGGCAAUGCAAGUCACUCAUCUGUACAAAUUCUGGAAACUGAGCAAAGUGGAUGCACUAGUUUGGCUGGCGACUUUUCUAACCGUGGUGUUCGUUAGUAUAGAAAUUGGUCUUCUGGUGGGGGUGGUGAUGUCGUUGGCCGCCAUUUUCGUCUUGAGUUUGAAACCACACACUUGCUUGUUGGGGUCUGUACCUCACACCGACCUCUACAUUAACAUUAACAGAUACAAGGGAGCAGUUGAAAUUCCAGGUUUGAAGAUUUUCCAGUACUGCGGUGGGAUUAAUUUUGCCACUAGGAACAUGUUUAAGAGUGAGUUGUUGCGGUUGGUUAAUAUCAACCCGCAGAAGGAGCUCGAGUAUCGAAGAAAAUUGACGAAAUAUGCAGAUGAGAUAGACGUGAAGGAGGAACAAAGCAACAACGAAAAAGUCGCAAAGUUGCAGAGAAAAGUCAAUCGUGAAUUGAGGUGCUUGAUUUUGGAUUUUUCUUCCUUGAGUCAUAUUGACCCUUCUGGUGUUUCGAUGCUUCAAGUUGUGACUGAUAGUUUCCAGAAAAUUGACAUUCCGAUUUAUAUCGCUGCAUGUCCAGAACCCAUUUAUGAAAUGAUCUACAAGUGUGGACUUGUUAAUCAUAAGAGUUGCAUUCGAACAUUCCCCACGGUGCACGACGCAGUCGAAUGUGCUUUGGAAAUAUUCACCGUGAAUGCUUCUGCCAUAUCUACAAUCAGUCGUUCUUGAAUGUGUUAAUUAUAAAUAUAUAGGUGGAAAUUAUAAUAUUAAUAUCGUGAUGUAUUGACAAUGUACCUGAAAAAAAU